UUCUUAAAGAAUCAGAAGAAUAGUGUAAAUUUGUCACCAUGCCAUAUGUAUAUGGGUGGGACAAUUUAUGCAAACCUGUCUUUACCGAUGGACCUCCAGCACCUGAGGGCCUUCUUCAGCUUCAUAUCUGUGCAUGUAAAAGUCAAUGAACAGGAAGGUGUAGCUGUAAGAGGCUGAACCUGUGGUGUACUUCUGCAUGUGGGUGUAGACCUGCAACAUGUUCCCGUGAUUUUGAACUUAGUGACAUUCACUGACACGUCAGCUGGGAAUGCACUUUGACAAAAAUUAAACGAUUCUGGCCAACAGUAAAUAAGACUGGUUCUCCUUCGUACACGAUGGACACUACUCCUCUGCUAUCAGAACCAGAGGAUGGAUCCAUCCAAGAAUCCCCGUAUCACCUUCCACAGCCUCUUCGGGGUCCAUCUCUGGAUGAAUUAGCUGGAUGUGGUGUUGAUGUUAGAAGCCCCGGUGACGACAUUACAACGACGGGCAUCGACUUCAGGGACGACACGUCUCUCAGCACGAAUGUCCAGAUCGACAGAUUGAAAGAACACGAAGAAGAACACGAACCAACUGUGAGAAAAGUCGUUUUUUCUCCUGAUGCGACGACUGCUGAUCCAGUUCCUUUGGACAUCCCAAGACGUAACCCCAUUCGUUCAGCAUCAACAUACAGUAAUCAGGAUCUCAGUGACCUUGACAGCGUAUCUACUUCCACUCGUCACGAUGGCCACUACACCUCUGCCAGUAUCGAAAACAUGCACUCUAGACCUGUUCCAUCUUUUAGAGCAGGCACAGGAGACGUGACAACCCAGCCUUUAUCUGGUGAGAUAAUAAACGCGGACGAAUCUGAACAUCCACCACACUGGACAAGUGUUGCCCCUCCGCUCUCAGAAGGAAAGAGGUACCACGUCUUCUUCUCCUAUGAAAUCUCCGACAGAGAGUGGGUGGAGGAGGUCACCAGACGUCUGGAGUCGCCAGAGAUGGGCUUCAGAUGCAGCAUGCACGAGAGAGACUUUCACGGAGGUAAGCGUAUCAUUGAAAACAUCACCGAACACAUCCGACUGUCGGAGAAGACGGUGUUGGUGCUGUCUCCAGACUUCAUUCAGAGUCACUGGUGCAUGUUUGAGAUUGAGAUGGGGAUGAUCCUGAGCAUGGAGGAGAGCCAGCUGCUGGUGGUGCCUGUGAUGGUGAAGCGUUGCUUUGUACCUGACAGUAUCAAGACCCUCACCUACAUUGACGCAACUCCUGGUUAUGACUGGUGGCAGCGGUUCAUUGGGGCCAUAGUUUCUAAAGAGGACCUACGCGGUAACCUGACGGGUACAAAAGAAUUGAGAAUCGAGCCUCGUCACGGAAAUAUGGAUGCGUUGGUUGAGCUAUCUUCCAACUUCAAGUGUCCCUUGGGAGAACAGUUGAGGACCCCUUAUAUACCCGAGCCGUUACUGAGACAGGGUGUUCAGGUGCCACCAGAUGAGUUUCAGCAAUCGAUGGACAUCAUUCGAUCUGCAAGGUGCUGGUGUGCAGUCCUCUGUGACAACGGAGCAUGUUGUGUGCCAACCUUCACGAUCCUCCUUCUAGCGGGAAUCGCUACUUUAAUCCUGGGGGUGAUGGUAAUCACAUUCGAAAGAGCGAUAUGGCCAAUAAUGAUGUUUCCAGUGUUUUUCACAUCUCUCUGGUUGUUCAUCGCUUUAACAUUUUGCAUUCAGAGAAGAAUAAGACGGUCUCGACUCCGAAAAGCAGUUGCUGAAGUCAACGCGAUAUUUCUGAAGUACAACGUCAUCGUAGGAUAUAAGAUGCAAACGGCUGGUUGCAUUUUGACCCGGACAUAUCUCCAAUUUUGGUUUUAUAAUCCAACGGAAUGCAAGAACUUUUUGGCCAAUUUUCUGGAAGGAAUUGAAGGAAGACAUCUUGAAUCUGGUUCAAAUGCAGACAAGGCAUCGCAGCUGUUUCAACACCACUGCCUUGACUACACUUCCGCUUACAAGGAAGGUCAGCUCAAGGUCAAACAUGGCCCUAGGCACGUCCGCAACGCCAUCUGCCUUUGUCAGUUUGUAGAGGACAAGUACUCAGAGGGCCAGCGUCUCCCUCUCAUGAUCGUAUGAAGUAAAUCCAUGCUUUAUGGCAUUGUGAUUUCCCAGGAUAGCAACACAAUGCUCCUUUAUGUACAAAAACACACUCUGUGUCAGGUCUUACUUUCCUAUGUACCAGUUUGAAUGUUUUCGAUGGUGAUAGUUUAGUUUAAAACAGAUUAUAAAAUUUCAGUAAUAUCACUGCCGUGAUUAGACGGUUACCUACUUUGGUAAAACCGACAUUGCUGACAAAGCAAGAACAUAGGGAGAAAGAAGCUUUGUUUCGAACCGACAAUGUCUUAAUGCCAAUCAAAGAAGUCUUAGAUGUCUGACGAACCUGUGACUCUCCCAAUGAAUUGUGGCCCCUUUCUCUACUGAGCUACCCGCCCUCCAUUUUAUAUAUACAUGUAGUUUUAAAGCCUUGAGUUUCCAUUGAGCGUAGUUGGUUGGGUGGCUGUUGUUCAACGCCGCACUCAGCAAUAUUCCAGCUAUAUGGCGGCGGUCUGUAAAUAAUCAAGUCGGGACCAGACAAUCCAGUGAUCGACAGCAUGAGCAUCGAUCUACGCAACUGGGAUACGAUGACAUGUGUCGACAAAGUCACCGAGCCAGACCACCCGAUCCCGUUAGUCGUCUCUUGCGACAAGCAUGGGUUGAUGAAGACCAAGGCUUUUUGUAAAAUAACGUAAAUUGUUUGAAAAAUGUUCUGAUUUUGACUCACAUGUCACAAACGUUGUUUACGCGUUGCCAAAACUUGAAAACACCAUAGUGUACUUUCUUUUGUACGUCAGUUCAGUUACUGUGGUCCACUUUCCCCGACGUCUCUCAGUAAGAAUUAGUCCCAACAACCUGUCUUUGCCAUAUGACAUAAGUGGUCAGGCUCUGUCACUCUAGAAUGUUGAUGAGGGUGGCGUGGCGUUGAACAAAAUCAUGAUGUCGAAGGUGGUAACACCCUACGACUGUAUCGCCACAGUAAGCCACAACAUCGUGAUAUAAACUAAAACACCAUCCAAAGCGGCGUUCUACGCAUUCAACAGUUUAAACUGUGUUCUCAAUAAUCCUGUCGUCAGACACUCCGAAAUCCACGGCACUUAAAGAAAAUGGAAUAUAUCCUUUUUAUUUGCUUGUAUAUCCCUGAUUUCAUUAUCCCAUGACCGAACCUAUUUAGAUAUUUUAAAAAACAUGCGCGUACAGUGUAUAGAUAUAAUAAAUCUUAUGUACCACAUGUUAAA